AAUUCCUGGAUGGCAGCACGGCUCUAAUUCCACUUCCACGCCGGAUUUCUAAAACAGGGAAGGGGGAGGCUGGCAAAUAGACAACAACACCGGAUUGAGGAAACUGACGAGGGCAUACUAUGUGCAAAACAAACUUGUUUAAAGCUGACAGUCAUGCAGCCCGAGCCGUUUCAUUCACUAUCACAUCUAAGAAGAGGACAGCUCCUCCCCAGCGCACUAGACCCGAGGACAGCAUCCAGGUGUUCGCUAGCACUUCAAGCCAUGCGUUUGUACGCGAUCCCGGUGUUGCUGCUGAUGGUGUUCGGAGACGCUGACGCGUGGGGUCCCUCUGGUAAAUACGCCGUCAGCUGCCCGGAUAAAUGCAACCUCGCGCUGUGCGGCUCGACGCAGCGCUGCAGGCGCACGGUGCUGGAUGACUGCGGAUGCUGCCAGGUCUGCACCGCGGGACGGGGAGAGCACUGCUACCGCACCGUGUCCGGGAUGCACGGCGUCAAGUGCGGCCCGGGACUCUUCUGCGACUUCUACAAGGAUGAGGAUGAUUAUGGAGAUGAAUAUGGCAUCUGCAAAGACUGCAUGUAUGGAACAUAUGGCAUGGAAUGUCGGAAAACAUGCACCUGUAAAGCAGGUGGAUUGUGUGACAGGGAAACAGGCGCUUGUCUCUCCUUUAAAUUCUUGGCUAAAAUGGCCAUGCUGAAAUCUCAUUCAAGUGAAGGUAAUGAAGUGGGCUCAGGCGACGGCAACACUGAAACCAGCAGCAAUCGGUCUCCCACUCGCAACUUUCUCACCCCUCGCUGACAGCAACUCUCUAUCUUCAGUUUAAUCAGUGUAUAUGUAGCAUAAUAAAUUAAAGGACCAAAUGGAUAUAUUUUAAUAUGUUUAAAAGGGUCAAAGAAAAAGAUGCACAUUUUAUUCUGUAUAUUUUACAGAUGUGUAUGCCAGUUAUGUCUUUAUUCCAAAGCAUGUCUACAUGCAUUCACAUGCACACAAAUAUCCAGCAGAAUUUGAUAUCCCAAUAAUAAUGUUCCUGCAGGGGCACAUUAUGCUGAAACUGAGAUGUCAACACUGAAUGAACACACACAAACACUUUUACAUUAUGAAUGCAUUACAAUUAAAUUGUAUUUAAUGAGAUGCAUUUUCUAAGAUUAUAUACCAGACUCAAUUCCAAUUCUGAUCAGCAUUAGCGUCAACAUUCAGUGAUAUUACAUCUGUAAUGCUAAACAGUGCUGUUUUUCAUUUCUGUGGUAUAUUAAGGCGAAGGAGAUUAUUAUAAAUUAUGGGCUGUAUAUCCUUCUAAUCUGUGUGUAAAUUAUUCUCUGUGAAUCUUUGCUUUAAAACCCUCUUGAAAGUGAUAAUAUGAAUUCUUACUGCUGUAUGUAUGAGAUUUAAAUUAAAACAAUGUUAUUCUAUGAGGAAAAA